AGAAGAUUCUUAGCUAUGGCAGAUGCAGAGGCCGGAACGAGAAGUGACGAUGCACGAGCAUCGGGAGGAGAGUAUCAAGUGUUCUUGAAUUUCAGAGGACCAGACACUCGUUAUGGAUUUAUAGACUUCCUCUACCGCGACUUGGUAGAUGUUGGAAUCCGCGUAUUCAGGGACAAUGAAAAAAUCCGCUUCGGUGAAAAGAUCGAUGAGAACCUUCGAAGUGCUAUCAACAACUCCACAAUCUAUAUACCAACCUUCUCUCAAACUUAUGCUUCCAGUAAAUGGUGCCUUCGGGAACUUGUGCAGAUGGUGAAGAGCAUGUAUGAAUCAAAGGGUAAAAAAAGUAUUCUUCCCAUUUUUUUCGACGUGGGAUCUGGCGAUGUUAAACUUAAAACUUCAAUAUAUAGCAAUGCCUUAAUGGAACACGAGAACCAAUUUCCAGACGAAGUCAACGAGUGGAGAGCGGCCCUUACAGAGGUUGGCGAAAUCAAGGGAUGGACCGUGAAAUCAAGCCAAGUAGAGAUUAUCAAAUCUGUUGUUGAAGAGGUAUUGAAGAAGUUGGAGAUAAAAAAAGAAAAACUGCCUCGCCAUUUUGUUAGACUUGAUGCUCAGUUAAAACACUUGACAGAGGCAAUAGAUAUCAGCCAACGUGAUGUGCGGCUCAUUGCAAUUUACGGAAUGGGUGGGAUCGGUAAAACAACUAUGGCCAAAGUCAUCUUUAAUGAACUAUAUUCCUGCUUUGGAAACCGUUGUAGCUUCCUUAAGGAAGUUCGAGAAAGUUUGUCGACAGAGGAUGGCAUAGUUCGGCUGCAGAAGAGAUUACUAUCCAACAUUGCGGGUUCAAGAUUUGCACAACAAGUCGAGAAUAGUGAACAAGGAAUGAAGAAGAUUGGAGAAGCACUCCGCACUGAGAAGGUCCUUGUGGUUCUAGAUGAUGUUGCUGAAGAACAGCAUAUUGAGAGUCUAAUAGGAAAUUAUUCAUUAUGUUCAGGAUCUAGAGUAAUCAUUACAACAAGAGACAAAACUAUUCCACCAAACGAGAGAUUUAAUGGUGAAAUUCGACGGUAUGAGAUGCCAGAGAUGGAUGCUCCUGUUGCACUUCAGCUUUUUAGUUGGCAUGCCUCUGAUAGAGACUCUCCUUUGGAUGAUUAUCAUCAGCUUUCAAGUGAAAUUGUCUCAAGUAUGGGUGGACUUCCUUUGAGUAUUGAAGUGAUAGGUUCGUCACUUAAAAGGAGAGGCAAACCAGUUUGGGAAGAGACGUUGCUCAAUAUUAAGAAAGUGCCUAAGAAAAGGAUUCUAAAGAAGUUGAAAUAUAGCUAUGAUGACCUAGACGAAAAUGAGAAACAAAUUUUUCUUGACAUAGCAUGCUUUUUUCAUAAUAAGAAGAAGACCAAUGCAAUUUACAUGUGGACUAGUUGUGAAUUGAAUCCCCUAAGCGGAGUCGAAAUCCUUACAGAGAGGAGCUUGAUAAAGAUCUUGGACGAUGAUAAAUUCUGGAUGCACGAUGAACUAAUAGCAUUGGGAAGGGAAAUUGUUCGGGAAGACAGUAAAUAUGACCUUGGAAAGCAGAGUAGGUUGUGGAUUGCAGAAGAGGCCCUCGAUAUCCUAAAAACCGAAGAGAAGAAGGACAAGGUUAAAGCACUUGACAUAGAUGGACUGGAUGACUCCAUAGAGAUUACAAAUCAAGAGUUCGAAAGAUUACGGAACCUAAGAUUCCUCAAGUUAUGCAAUGGAACAUAUGUUGGUGACUUUGCAAAGUGUCGUUCAAAUUUAAGAUGGAUUUCUUGGCGUUGUCCUCGUCAACGUUUUAGGGCGAAAAAUUUGCAUUUGGAUCAUCUUGUUGUUUUUGAACUUGGUGCGAAUGGCUUCACGGAUGAUUCAAAAGCAUGGGACUUGAUGAAGAUGGGGCAGAAUUUGAGAGUUAUAUCUCUUACCGAGUGCGAUGGCAUAACGACAAUUCCUGACUUCUCUAAAUGCGUGCGUUUAGAGAGGUUGACUGUUGCACACUGCAACAAGCUAAGGAGGAUCAAAAGCUUCAUUGGAAAUCUUCCGUCGUUGAUUGAGUUAAAUAUUGAAUGGUGCAAGGGCCUUACGGAUUUGCCAGAAGAAGUCGGGGCGCUAGUGAAGCUCAGUCACUUGUCAUUGCAAGGAUGUUGUAAGUUGAGCAAACUUCCAGGCUCACUUGGGAAUUUAACCUCAUUGAUAGGGUUAAACUUAUUAAAUACGUGCAUUACAAGAAGCGAUUCGCAAUCGACGAAGCUUCCGCCCUCUCUGACAUACUUGCAGACAUCCCAGGUGCGAUAUCUUCUUCCCUAUAUACAGUGGAUGGCGUGUGUACAUGGGUUCGAAAAUUGGUUUGUUCUAAUUUCAGUUUGA